GUGUGAGUGAGCGUGUGGAGGAGGAGGCGGAGGAAAACGAGAGACCAUAGACUUCCACCUCGGCCUAGAGCGUCCUUUAAAGUGUUGGGGAGAGGCGGGCGGGGACCACCCACAACUGGCCGCUGGCGGUAUCAUGGCGUCCCGGAACCCCCCUCCCCAAGACUAUGAGAGCGAUGACGAGUCUUACGAAGUGUUGGAUUUAACUGAGUAUGCAAGAAGACACCACUGGUGGAAUCGUGUAUUUGGCCACAGUUCCGGACCUAUGGUAGAAAAAUACUCAGUAGCUACCCAGAUAGUAAUGGGUGGCGUGACUGGCUGGUGUGCAGGAUUUUUAUUCCAAAAGGUUGGAAAACUUGCUGCAACUGCAGUAGGUGGUGGUUUUCUUCUUCUACAGGUUGCCAGUCACAGUGGCUAUGUGCAGAUCGACUGGAAGAGAGUUGAAAAAGAUGUAAACAAAGCAAAAAGACAGAUUAAGAAGCGAGCAAAUAAGGCAGCACCUGAAAUCAACAAUAUAAUUGAAGAAGCAACAGACUUUAUCAAGCAGAACAUUGUGAUAUCCAGCGGCUUCGUGGGAGGCUUUUUGCUAGGCCUGGCAUCUUAAGGACUUGGAGACUCCAUGGUAGUGAAUCCAACAGUGAGAGGAAGACUGUGGCAGCAGGGUGAUCUCUCAAUGGCUACCAAAGUCUCCAGAGAAAGGAACAGCCAGCUGGACAAUUGCAAAUGCAACAGCUUAGCACUUUGCCACCUGAAGCUUAACAAGCUAGUAUCUGCUGUAAGACAACCUAUGUGGCGUGUAACCAAUUGUAUUCUUAGCAAAUCAUGGAUUUUUGCAAAUUUUUAAAUUUGCAUUUGUUUAGAAACUAGCCUCUGAUUAUCAGCACUGGAUAUAUUGGAGACAGAAAAAGUUCAUAUGUGUACUGUCCAAUGAAAUAUUACCCUGUCUUCUUUUCAAAGUUCUUUGUGUUUUACUGUCUAGUACCAAUAAUUAAAAAUUGUCUUAUAGCUUCAAUAUUAUGGCUGACUUUUUUUAAAAGAUGCAUUUGCAAUAAUGAAGAAUUGUUUUACCCCUUUGUGGAAAGUAACAGUAGAAUUAUUAAGAUAUUAAUUCUUCUGAUGUAUCAAUCUUUAGGUUUAUUCCCCCUUCUGCUUCUUACUUUGCCUAUGUGUAAUCUUUACAUUAAAGAAGGCUUUCGUAAAGAAAUACUUCAUGCCUAAAACACUUUCCCCUUCUCUAAUAUCUACAGAUUUUAAGAUGUUUCCUUCAACGUUCUAGUUUUUCAGAUUUGUUUGAUUUAUUUAUCCCUGAUAGCUUAGAUAGAACUAAUUUGGGAGUAUGUUAUUAGUUGGGACAUUGAUAUGCUUUAUUAAUUUCAGAUGCAUCUCAUUUUUUAUUUCUAAAAAUCCUAAUUCUUUUUUUUUGGCCUCUUCAUCAAAAGGUACAAGCUAUGAAUUUAUUGUCUGAAGAACUGUGAUUUUCUGUGUAGUUAUAAAAUUAUAGCUUAAAUAUAAUUGCUUCCUUGAUUAUGUUAUGUAAGCACUAGGGCUCUCACACAUUGCUAGUGUUAUGCUACUUGAAUACUAGGUCAGUUUACUUUGUUUCUCUGGGCCAGCCUCACACUUAUUCCGAGCAUCUCUUUUCCAAAGACAGCUUUCAGUAUUGUUAUUGUUGUUCACAGAAUUCUAGGUUAUCCCCGGGGAGAACAGCAGAACAGUAUAGGUUAGAAUCUUCAGACUGAAAAUAUUGUAGCUAUUCAGACUAUGUCUCUAUCAUAGGAAGCUCCCAUUGUAUAUUCUGUGUCUUGUAAAUGUGUCAUUUCAUAUUUUUGAUAUUGGUUAUAAGCUGUGUGUGUUGUGCUGUCUUGAACUUCUUUAAACUCAAGUGUGUGAUUGAAUUUGAGUUUCUUUUAUUCUCAUUAGUGCCUCAUAUAGAAUGCUAAAUAAAACUCAGUUUCUUAAUAUGAA